CCAGCCACUCUCUUUAUUGAAAUGGCGGGAAAAAAUAUUCGCCGCUACCGCAACUGCGUGCUGUUCAAUUUAACCUAAAAUUUAAAUCAUCAAACACUCAGUUCUUAAAUUUUAUUUGUACUCGAUAAAUAAAUAAGUAAGUAAGAAAAUUCGUUUAGCAAAUAAACACCAUGGGUAUUUUGGGCUUAUCAAAAGUAAUCGCUGAUAUUGCGCCCAGUGCGAUAAAAGAAAGCGAAUUAAAAAACUACUUCGGUCGCAAGGUGGCCAUAGAUGCUUCCAUGUGUCUGUACCAGUUCCUGAUAGCAGUGAGAAGUGAAGGCGCGCAGCUGACAUCAGCUGACGGGGAGACCACCAGUCACUUGAUGGGAAUGUUCUACAGAACCAUCAGGCUCGUGGACAAUGGAGUAAAGCCCCUGUAUGUUUUCGACGGCAAGCCGCCUAAUUUGAAAGGCGGAGAGCUCGUCAAGCGCGCGGAGAAACGGGAGGAAGCCCAGAAAGCCCUUGAAGCUGCUGAGGAAGCUGGUAAUGUUGAAGAUAUUGACAGAUUCAACAGGCGACUGGUCAAAGUUACCACCGCUCAUGCUGAGGAAGCCAAGCAGCUUUUGACUUUGAUGGGAAUCCCCCAUGUCACUGCUCCGUGUGAAGCUGAGGCGCAAUGUGCCGAGUUAGUAAAGGCGGGCAAAGUAUACGCGACAGCAACUGAAGAUAUGGAUGCGCUGACAUUUGGCAGCAACAUUUUGCUACGUCGGUUGACUUUCUCUGAAGCCAGAAAAAUGCCCGUUCAGGAAAUUCACCUGGACAGAGUCCUCGCGGACAUGGAGUUGAACAAAGAAGAAUUCACUGACUUGUGUAUCAUGCUGGGAUGUGACUACACCGGAAGCAUAAAAGGCAUUGGUCCCAAAAGAGCAGUCGAACUGAUAAAAACCCAUCGUUCGUUAGAAAAAAUACUUGAAAAUAUUGAUACCAAAAAGUAUCCAGUCCCUGAAAACUGGAACUACAAGGAUGCGAGAGAAUUGUUUUUAAAUCCGGAAAUCACAAAGGCCGAGGAUCUUGAUUUCAAAUGGAGUGAACCUGACGUAGAAGGUCUCGUUAAGUUUAUGUGCGGAGACAAGCAGUUUGCUGAAGACAGAAUCAGGAAUGGAUGCAAGAAACUCAUGAAAGCCAAAGGAGCGUCUACUCAGGGACGACUGGACUCGUUCUUCACAAUAAUUCCCAGCACGACUCCUUCCAAGCGCAAGGCGGAAGAGAAAAAGGGUACAGCUAAAAGAGGUAGAGGUGCUGGAGGCAGUAAAUUCCGCGGUAAACCUAAAUAAUUGUUAUGUUAAAAAGUCCAAUCGCAAUGUACCUGAAGGUCGGAACGUUUUUCGCGAAACGAAAAUGAAAAGUAAACAAUUCACUGGAUCUAAAUUUCUGAAAUGUUUCGCACGUCGGCCGAAAACUGCAGCCUACUCCAUUUACUUCUUAAGUAAAAUUACAUAAAUUUUUCUCCUUUUCGUUGCACGAAAAACAUUCCGAUCUACAGGUACAUCAAUCGCAUCCUUUAUUUAAUUUUUUGUACCGAAUUACUCACUAUGACUUUUUGUUUUGUUCAUACUUAAGUAAAUUAUUUAAAUGAAAUAAAUAAAUAAUAAUAA